AUGCCUAUUAGAGCACUUAAAGACUUUCCGAUAAUCUGUGAAUGGCCGCUACCAGCUCUGAAGGAGAGCAGCAUUGCGAUUGAUGGAUUCUGGUUCAUCAGAAAGUACUUCGAGGCCAUCAAAAGGGACGAGCUCAUUGGAGAUCUCGAAGGAUAUGUGCAUAAAAACAUGCGCCACUUGUUAGAGCUGGCACAGAGCUCAAGCGUGCUCUGGAUCUGGGAUGGAUUGAACUACAAGAAGGAGUUCACAAGUCAAACUGACUUGUGUCUGAUGGACAUACAGACGAUUUAUUCUCAUGGCCAAAUGAAAUUUGGUCGAAGUGAGGCAUUUCUUGAACUGUUGGUGAUUCCUAUCAACAAAUUGCUUGAGAAGCACAAAAUUGCGUUCAUGAGAGCACCAUACAGCGCAGUGGCACAGUGUGUCUACUUCGUUAAGCAGAAUUGCGUGGACUACAUCUUCACGAAAACCGAUUCGUUCCUAUUCAGGGACGUGAAUUCCGUUGUGGUUGAAUUCAACUUCAAAACGGCCAUGUGCUGCAUUUUCAAGCGGUCUGAAAUCGAACAGGCGCUUGGACUGAAACGAGGAUUCUUUCGGAUAUUCGCAAUUGCAAGCGGAUGCGACUUCUGUCCCACGCUGCCUGAAAUAGCGAACAACUACUCGAAUGAGGUGCUGAAGGAGAUGCUUGAUCAAAGUGAUCACAAUGAUGACAUACGGAUGUUCAUCUCGCCUCUUAAAAGGAAGAUUGAGGCAAAUGAGGAGUACAAGAAGAAGAUCAAUGAGGCCUAUCUCAAUUGCAGGUGGCAUCCGAUAAUGUCACUGAAUGGGGUUGUUGAGCCCCUUGAUCCAAUGAGUCCGCCUUCUGAUAUCCACAAAAUAUUCGGUAGGAAGAUACCAAAUGUCUUCUACGAGGAGCUAUUCAGCUGCAAGAUAUCACCGGCGGAGUUGAAGAGGCUGAUCUACGUGACUGAUAAGCAGAGCGAGGAGACACCAAUUGAUCAGAUCGUGGAAUACAUUUUAUCAGUAUUCGAAUUCAAAAGCACCUACACGUUCAAUACCAGGGACUUCAUUGAGGUUGUAAAGAGUGCCUUCAAUAUCAGGGUAGAAAGUGUGAAAUCAGUUGAUAAGAUACUGGGAUUGGUUUACAUGCAUUUAACAAAGAACAAGAAUACGAUGUUUCUAUCAAACACCCUCACAAACUGCAUAGCAAGUCAAAGGAGAUUUUCAAACAAAAAUAUCGGUGGAUGCAGCAAGGUGGUUGAUUUGCAGGAGUAUGCAGUCACAUUCACAAUCAGAAGCUAUUUGAGUGCAUUGAGUCUGAUGUACGUGACAGUAAACACGUUUGGACUGAAUAAGGAGGAUUUGAGGGAUCCAGAAAUCAGCGAAUUUACGCUCAACCACUGUGUUAAGAUCGACAUGCCAAAUGAAACAAGAGAUUUCCUACAGAAGAACAAGCAGUGA